AUGUCCUCUUCAUCACAUCCUCAUCCUCCAGAGCUCCAGCCGUCUGCGCACUUACAGGUGGAGGGCUCCACUUGGCUCCCGCUCAAUGUCGUCUCCAAUGGCAACGCCUCCAGCAGCUCACAGGCCGUGGGCGUCACCAAGAUCGCCAAAUCCGUUAUCGCUCCAUUGGCCGAGCAGCAUGUGUCCGUCUUCAUGCUCUCCACCUAUCAGACGGACUUUAUUCUGGUGCGAGAGAAAGACCUGUCGGUGGUGGUGGAGACUCUAGUGGAUGAGUUUAAUAUUUUCAGAGAGGAGGGAGGAGAGUCAGUGCCUGUCCACAGUCAGGACGCCUGCAACGGCCUGCAGCGAAAUGGCAGAGAGGUUCCACAUGCAAGAGUUCAUCCAGUGCUGAUUCCAGAAAAUCAAUUUUGCGUAAUGAGCUUGGAUCCGGACACACUGCCAGCGAUUGCCACAACCCUCAUAGACGUUCUGUUUUACUCUGACAG